ACGCUCUUCUACCUUCAAUUCCCUUAGCCAGUAAAGGUUCUCCGCCCUCUUACUAAGCUGGCCUCCACCGUUGUUUCGCCAAUUCGUUUUGCUGCAUUUCUUUCCCUCAAGCUGCUGUGCCUCAGUCGAGAGGGCAGUAACAAGCAGCUCUUAUCCUGUCGCGUCGCUCAUUCUCCAUCCCACAGCACGCGCAACUUGCUAUGUGGUGCGACGCCCGCCAGUUUGAUUCGUCGCUGUGAUCGUCAGCCUCGUAGGUCGUCAGGGCUGCAUCCAUCACGCGUGCCAGCGCGUUCAUCGCGUACGCUGCACUUGCCUGCUCUCUGAAGAUCGCGAGUGUUUCCACCAGAUUCCCCCUUGCGACCGUUAGCUGCUUCGCUGCGUGGAAUCUCGUCUAAGCUCGGCGGUCUAUUCACGUCCUUGGGCUUCUCGCGUCGCAUCGUCAGCGUCAACGUUAGCGUUAGCGUUAGCGUCACCGUUAGCGUUAAAGUUUGCGUUCGCGUUACCCACACCGCUGGCUCCGCAGACGUCUCCAGGCCACCGCUGCGGGGCCGCCUCGGGUCCUCCCCCCGUGCAGCGCGGGUGUCACGAUGACAUGGAUCCUUUUCCGGGGUUCGCGGCUGCGCUGACCGCUGCAGCAUGCGCGGAUGGGGCUCCCGGCAGCAGCAGCACCGAAGCUAGCGCGCAACAGUGCGCGCGCGGCAAGGCGGAAGCCGACAGAUCCGCGGGAGCACGGAGCGCGGUGGAGAGCGUUGAGAUCGCAGAAACGCCAGCGGCAGCAGCGGCAGCUACGGCAGCGGGAGGGGUAGGCGAACGUGCAAGGGCGGGGAGCGGCAGGGCGGGUACUAAAGCGACCACUGUUAGACAUACAGACGAGGGGGAAUACGCGAGUGCAGGGAUGGGCGUACAGGGGGAGGCGCGCUUGGCGGAACUCCGAGAGAGGCUACGAGCCGGCGAGAUGGGUCGAGAGGAGGGAGCGGAGAACGAGGAGGAGGAGGAGGUGGUGGAGGAAGAGGAAGAGGAGGAGCAGCAGAGGCCUCCGUGUGUAAUGGAGGAGGAAGGCGAGGGGGCGAUGGCGGGGGUUGCGGAGCAGAGGAGCGGACGCGAGGCGGGUGGGUCGCGGGGUGAAGUGUUGGAGGUGGCGGUGAGACGAGGCCUCGUGGAGCAAGUGCAGCGCAAGCUGAGAAAGGCGGUGGAGUCCCCCUCGCAGCGGGCGGGCGUGCUGCGGCAGCUGUUCACGGACAUCGCGUUCGAGCUCGACGGCCACGCGCACGACGUGCUCCUCCGCGACCCCUCCGCCUCCCUCUCCUCCCUCCGCGCCGCCGACUCCCCCGCCCCCGCCCUCAACGCGCUCCUCGCCCCUCCGACCUCCGCGGGUGCUACUGCGUUUGAGCGCAUGCUGCUGCCGCGGGAGCAGCCCUGGCAGAUGCUGGCGCACGCAGACGACCAGGGCACCCAGAAUCAUCCCUGGCAGAAGCAGCAGCAGCAGGGGCAGGGGUUGUGGGGGGCGGCAGGGGGGGAGUGUGAGCGGGUGUGCUUCUACGAGGUGUUGGCGCAGCACUACGCGGACAGCGAGGCGUCUGUGGCGGCGCUGCUGCCGCUCUUCGCGCCCCUGUGGAGCUGCGUCUUCUCCUCGCAGAUAUUCGCCCUCCUGCUCCACAGAUGGCUGUACAGCUCGCCAAAGCCGCACUCGGAGGAGAUUCACCGGUACACACGGGCCUUCAUGACGGGCGUCGAAGGCAUCUUCUGGAUCGACUUGCAGAGCAAUGAGCAACGCUUUCGCCCUCUCUUCAAUUUUGUGAUGGAGCACAUUGUGAUGGACGAGCACCGCUUUGCCCUCGUGCCGCCACUCUUCCAGAAGGACAUGUUCUGCACCGUGGCUCGCUGCUUCUUCCUCUACCAAUCAGGUGCACGUCUGCCUGCGUUGCUGGCGGCGGCGUCGCGUCAGGAGGCGCUGCAUGGGGCGACAGCAGACAUCUUCGUCACAGAGCUCACCAACCAGUUGCAGCGCAUCAAGGUGGAGCCAGUUCUCCUGCUCUUCCUGCACCGAUCCACAGCCCUCAAAGGGCUUGAUCUACGGUCGGCCACAGCCAUCCGUCUGCAGGUGGCGCUGCACUCCAUGGCUGUGCCCGGGGGGCCACUCUUCCCCACGCGCCCCGUGCGCAGAGCAGCCCGCUCCGCCCUCGACACACUCUACCCGGUGGGGCGCAUGUUCCGGCACAUCAUCUCCUUCUCCUUCCGCAUCCUGCACCCGCUCUACUGGCCCACGUCCCUCAUCGUGCUGUUGCUCAACCUGCUGCGCGCCCUCAUAGCCGCCUGCACCCGCAUCUUCCACACCCUCUUCCCACAUGCCAGUCCCCACCAGCAGCACCACCAGCACCAGCACCACCAGCACCAGCACCAGCUGCACCAGCAGCAGCAGCAGCAGCAGGGGUUGGCACAGAGCCAGAGCUUUCACCGUCGCAGCAGCCACUCCCCGAAGCACUCCCCGUCGCCGAAAAGCAGCAAGGCACAGGCGAGCGCUUGGCAGACGCAGGGGGGACAGGUGCAGGAGCACGCACUGGGGAAGGGGCAGCGCAGGCAGCAGCCAAGACGAGCGCAAGGCCAAGUGCAAGCACAUGAGGACUAGCUGAUGCCCUGUGGGGCGCAGUGGCUCGAGGACCUGUAACAGCACCAAGCUGUUCCCGCCUCCCUCCAGCCCAGCUCCUCCCUGCUCCGCUCCUCGCGGUUGGAACACGUCUUCAGGGCACUCGAGGCAAGGGAGUCGGUACAUGGCAAGGUUUUGUUGCGCUUCUCUUUGAGGCGGCUCCCUGUGUUCUUCUGCCAUGGCAUGAGAGGCUGAGGGGGAAGUCACUGCAGCAGCGUGGCGUAGCAGGGCGGCUCUGGAUAGUAGGGGCUUAGAGGAUGGCAUGUGAUGCAACAUGCGCUGUUGCUGUAGGACUGAUCCAAAUAAAGCCUGUCAUUAGUGAAUCACUGCUUUGAUAAUGGCCUGACGAUUGCUUCCGUCGGGUGGCUGUUCUUUCCAUAACCCUGCCAUUCAUUCUUUGUGCUGCUCAUACUGCACU